AUGGGUGUUGCUCUUCACUACGGUAUUUUCUUUAUGCUGUACAUGCAUUCUUUGAGAAUUUGCUUCGGCUGUUUGGAUGGUAAGUUCUUCUCUUCCCGGCUUGUUGUUUCAAUCAUAUUUAUCGCUAUUUUCAAAAAUUGGGCGACAAAAUAGUGAGAAAUACAUUUAUCUCUUGAAAGAAGAUAAAAAAAAAAAUUAUAAUUAGCUAGACCGACUUUAAAAAUUGAAAACAAGAGUAGCUGCAAAAUAUUAUGCUCUGAUAUACUGCCCAUAAAUAUGACUUUUCUACGGCUUAAAUUUAAUUUCUCUUCUUUACAGUUAACAGACAUAUGCAAAAAGUUCCGCAAAAUUAAUUUUCGUGGUUACAAAAUUGUUUAAGGCUCGUAGGACUCCAAGGACUGUACCUUUCCUGGAUAUAAAGAACCAAAUAUAUUAGCAACGAGGGGAGAAGACGCCAAAAGUUCUAAACAAGCGUUUUCGAAACGCUCUAAAUGAUAAAUUUUGGUUGGAGACCUGCUUUUUUCACUGUUAACCUCUUUUACAACUACUAGCGAUUAACCCCAUCUUUGUGGGCUCUGUUUGUCUAUUUAGCCUGUUACAUCUGGUCGCCUGCAAAUUGACUGCUCUACAAGAAUCUGGGUAUAGAAAAGAAAACAGAAUCUGGCUAUUAUUAGCGAGAAAAAAAAUAAAAACAAAAAAGGCUGCUAACAAUGUCAGUGUGCGAUGAUCUUUUAGUCCCUUUUUAUUUCUUUUCGUUUCUUGUCAGUUCAACUUUUCACUUCCCCUCUGCAGCUCAAGAUUACUUAGUAUCUGUUCUUAAUUAUCUUUAUUUUUUCUUUGGACCCCUACCAUAUUAACACUAUACGUUAAUACGACCCUGUUCCCCUCUUUUAAGUUUGACGAAUCUGUUGCUGCCUCGAAAAUGUCCUGUCAUUUCCUUAUUCGAAAACCUCGUUCAAUAUGACCACCUUUAAUGAUCCUCAGACGUUACCUUCUUCACAGUUGUACCUCGUGACGAACAACAGGGACGUCAGACGCUAUCAAUUUGACAAUCUGCAUCAAUUUUAUCUUACUGAAAGUUGUUACAAUAACAUAAUUCAGCGUCCGAGUCGUAUGUGUAAAAUCCGGCACAGCAGAUUAAUAGACUGGUGAAAUUCUACUUUGUAACAUAUAUUUUAGAAAGGCUUAGUAUAAUAGCGGAGCUCCCGCGCGCGCUUCGCGCGCGCGCAGCGGAGCACCAUGGGUAAGAAAAUUUGGUAAACUAUCCAUCCCAGAAAAUUUGGUUAUGACGUAGCGUACGUCCGUCCGUACGGACUUUCCGGGUAGUGGAAAGUAGUCCGCAUGGCCUCUUGGGGUAGGGGAAAGUACAGAUUUUUUUGGAAGGAAAUCGCAUGGCGCAACGUCGCGCAAUUAUAUCGCGCAACUGGUUUUGAAAAAAAGAAAGCAAGUAGAAAGAGUCAGAGCGAGAAGAAGGAGAGAAAAUUAUAGUGAAAAACGCCGGCAAGUAGAACGAGACAGAGCUAGAAUGAACAGACAAAGGCAGCGCGAAAGAGAAAUACAAAGGCAAAGAGAACGGCAGCAAAAUAAUGACAUGAUGACAGAAAGUGUUGUGUUAAUGUCACUAUGGCCCCGCGCUAUUAACAUUUUGAUGUCAAACUGAUCUCGGACUCGAAAAUUCAGCCAGUCAUUUAAAAAUACAAGCAGGGAAGACAGAGGCUUUUCACUUUUCUCACCAUAGUCACGCGUUGAUCACGCUCUACGACCGUCCAAUUUUUAUGCUCUGAUUGGUCAAAAUUUGACAGGUGACUUCAUGCAGAAAAUUUAUACAGCAUCUUGAACCUUGUUUACUUUGAGUUUGACAGCUGAAGCUGACAGAGUAUUUUGUCAACUUGUGAUGUUUUUUACUGUCUUUUUCCACUGGAUGCUUAAAAUGAAAUACAGCUGCUAUCAACAGUCUUCUUUGAUUCAUGGCUGGUUUGUUUAUUGAAUUUUUGGUCGGGAAAUGCGCCGGUUGCCAAAGUUGGAAAUCCGAUUUCGGAUGCAUCGCUUUCGUUUUUACCGUGCUGGAUGCGGGUUGAAAAGUCCCUCAAGCGAUUCUGGCCUUACUUUAUAGCUUUCAAGAGCUGCAUCUCGAAUGGUAAGCCUAAGUAAUUAUUGUAUACAGUGUAUGUUUGUUUUUUUAUAUCUAAUUUCAUGAAGUCGAGCGCAGUUUAUCAGGCUAAUUUAUGCACGUUUGUGUUAAGAUCUGAGACAAUGAUCUGAUCUAGUAUAUAUAAGCUUACAGAACUUUAAAAAGCCUUUAGUCGAUAUUUUCUCUCCGCAUAUAGAACGAAAAAGCUUUCCGAAGAGUAUUUAGUUAUAAUUUUGGCUGUAGAAAGAAAGCUUUGAGCGGUUUUCUUGCCUCGAGUUCAUCUUUGAAAACAGUAAACACCAGGAAGCCGGCUAAAAGCCUUAAGCUUAAGCUUAAAGACUCAGUUUUUAGAGACGCUUUAAUACUUGU